AUCAGAUCCCAACUCCGUUCCAAGGGUAUAAAUAGAGGAGCACUGCGUAGAUCGGCGGCCAGAACUAGAAGCGAUCCGUGAUAGAAGAGCACAGAAAAAUCCAUCAUGAGAAUACGAGCUCCCUUGUUGAUGAUCCUCACGCUGCUGAUUGCCAGCUGCCUGGACUGGGGCAGUGCCUUGUUCCUAAAGAGUUGGAAGAAGUACAAGGGAUCCGGAGGAGUACAGAACUAUGGAAACUACGGAUAUGGGAACUCUGGUUACGGGUACAACGGUUAUGGGAACAGUGGGUAUGGAAACUACGGAUAUGGGAACUACGCUGGUGGCUAUGGGUAUGGCUAUCCCUCGUACCAGUCGAACGGUUAUAGAGGCGGAAGACGACCCAGCUCUGGGCAACGCCAAGGACGCACCUACUCGGAAAUUGCCCGAGUCCUGAAGCCCGAUGGCUACGUGGGUCUUGGCGGCAGCCGUUUCCUGCCCCGUACUCCAUUCUCAGUCCUCUGGGGCUGAGAUUAGUUAGGUUUUCGUUAUUUAAGCACUAUUA